UUGUGAUUGUUCUCAAACUUCUCAAACAAGAGUUUCGUCAACAAGGGCACAUUAUUUCGAUGUUGCUCCAGUAUUUUAAGCAUUUUAAGUGAAUGUUAUUAUUUUAAGUCCAGAAAGACCUUCUAAUUGACUAUCAAAAACCCCAUCCGUUGUGAGCCAACAAAAUGCCGACAAUCAUCGCGUUGGAUGUGUCGCUGUCGAUGACGCGACCGGUUCCGAUACCGGGAUCCGGUAGCUCGUCCGGAUCCAAUGCUGGAGCCAGUGACGACGGGUUGACCUAUGGGCAGCUAGCCGUGCAUGGGAUCAACGCGAUUCUAGACUAUCUGACCAAGCAUUCUCGGAUGGAAUUUGUAUCGCUGAUAAUCUACUCCUCGAUGCUGGAAGUGCUGGUCGACUUCACCCGGGACUACGAUGCCAUAAGGCAGGCGUUGCACAAAAUCGACCACUACGACAAGACGAACCUGGAGGCUGCCCUGGUGGCGGUGAAUAAUAUGUUCAAGACUCACUGGGGCAGCCAAAACUACUGCCAGAUCAUUUUCGUAACGGAUUGUGGCGUCGGGAUGGGGCCCAGCUCGCUUAAGAACACCAUCAUUAAUCUGCAGAACUGUAAGGUGCAAGCUGGGCCAGCUGGUGUUGGGGGCCUGAAGAUACCGGUGUCGGACAACCAGUGGGUAGGGUUUUCCUACCCGAGCAAGCUGACCUUUAUGUGCUUAGGAAAUUUGGCGGAUCUUUCGUUUAAAUUUGGAACAAAACUGUACCAGCAGUUGUUGGACGUGAGCGGUCAAAAUGGACAGAUUUUCAUUCCCAAACUGAAGAGCCUCUCGAUUGAGGAUCCCAUCGUUGAAGAGGGAGAUGACAGUGGAGGACGACAGAUGAAUCGCCGAUGCAUUCAGGACAUUUUCGAGAAUAUGUGUGAACAAAAUUACAAACAGUUCGAAGCGACGCUCCGUUGUGGAGGCUACUUCCGGUUGGAAGGGGCGAUCAUCAUUUGGCCGGCCCCUUUGCCUUACACCGCGAAAGACCUUCUGGGAGCGGAAACGACACGAAUCAUCUCCCGCAAGUUGGAGGUGUGCGGUUUCAUUAGCUUGUCGGAUAUUGGUUCACCUAUGUCAGUAAGCAGGCACCUGAUUCUACCACGAUGUGACGGAGACAAGCGCUUAUCGGCAAAAGAUAGCAAUCUCACGGCUGAAGAGAAGUUGGAAAAUGACAUCAAAGGAUUCUACGCCAAACCGGACGGAGCGAGUGGCGGAGGAGAUGACGACGAUGGGCAUUCGGGAGGAGACGGCACCCGAGAAUCGGUUUGCGUUAUGCUGCAUGGAGCCCUUAAGGUCGAAAAUAUGGCUGCAUUAGUGUUGUUAAACGACAACUGGUACGGGUUCAUCUACUCGUACGCAGACGGAAAGAAGAAAUCCAACCUUAUGCUGAACGUUCUGCCGCCUGGUAACGACGUAGUCCCAUGGUUGGGCGAUUUACGAUAUCUAGGAAAUUUGGACGAUGCCUUUCCGGGUGAAAAUCCUAGUUUCCCUAUCAAGGCUGAUAAGCGAAGCUAUUCGCAGAACAUUGUGGUGUGGAUCCGACAGGCGGGGCUUCAAUCUGACAUACAGAAGGUGUUGCGACAUGCGAAGAAACUGCCCGAAAAGACGCAACAUUUCUACAAAGAACUUAAUCGUAUUAGGCGUGCUGCUCUUUCGUUAGGCUUUAUCGAGCUGCUCGAAGGGCUGGCACAUAUUUUUGAAAGGGAGGCGGCCAUGCUGGGACCGAGCAGCAGUCCCGACUGUUCUAUUCAACUUAAACACGCAGCCAAUGAGUUGCGGAAACCUAGCAAUCGGGAUCUAAAAGCCGUCAUCCAGGCCAUGCCGACCAAAUACAAUCAAGUGGGAUAGUUUUAUAGGUAAUUCCUCAAAAAAGCGUCUUUAAAUAUAUUUUAUGUGUCAA